AAAAAAAGUAGCUGACCGGGGGUGGAACGGGUUUGUUCUUGACAGCUGACGGAGCCUUGAAAUUUUCCUCCUCUACCUCCGCCCCCUCCCCCGCCCCUGUCCCCCGCACUCCAUUUAACGUGAGAUUAUGAAAUCGCAGAGGCGGUGGAGGGAAGGCGACGGGAUCUAACAGGGAGUUUGGAGGGGCGAGGGGGAAGGUGGCUGCUGGCUGGGUGGCUGAAAUCAAAAAUCCAAUUGCGCACUGGGUUGUGAUGAGAAAUCUAAUCAGAUCUUUGACGAAGGGGCCGGCCGGAAGGGUAGCCGGUGGGGGCAGUUGAUCCCUAAAUUUUCCGAAGGGAAAGCUGGGGAAUGGAAUCGAGAAUGUAAAGAAAAGACUUUUUUGUUCUUUUUUUCUUUCUUUUCUUUUUUUUUUCUUUUUCUUUUUUUCUCCCCCCCCCCCCACGAGGAGGUGGCUGUUGGGUGCCUUGCUAAAAUGAAGGAUGCAGGACGCAGCUUUCUCUUGGAGCAGAACGCAGAGGAUAAACUGAUGGUGCCAGAGAGAAGAAAGAACGAACCUUUUUCUUGUGAGACCUGGAUCGUAACAUAAAUGUGUAUACGGCCACACGGGGAGCAUUGGGGGUGAAAUGAAAUAAGCUGAUGUCAGACCUGCGGGGGUUUGGUGUGUUCUGACAUAAAUAAAUAAUCAUAAAAUAGCUGUCCCCCUCCCCCAAGGAUGUUUGGAAAUGGAGAACUGAGGAUCCACGAAGAAAAAGUGUGUUCAUUUUUCUCUAUAAAGAGUAAAGUACGCCAAGGAGAUAUUUUUGGAAUGAAAAGUUUGGGGUCUUUUUUAGGAAAGUAAAGACCUGAUAAAUAUAUUUUUUUCUUUUUAAAAUUUCCACAAAAGGAGAGGAAAUUAAUAAUACAUCUGCAAAGAAAUUUCACUGAAGAAAAGUUGACCGUGGAAGAACGAAACAUUGAUUGUGAAAGAAAUCAGCAGAGGACUCUUGGAUCAGUGCCCGUGUUGACUAAAAUUGAAGGAUAAUUGCAGUUGGAUUUUUUUUUUCACCAACCUCCUUUUUGUUUUCUUUCUCUUUUUCUUUUUGGUGUCAGGACCAUGCAUUCUUUCUUGUUCUUAACCACCUGGAUUUCCCUCGGGAUGUAGCUCUGCUGAAAUACAGUAAAUGUUCCCAAGAGGAAGACAGAAAGAACAGAUGACUGACAAAAUUGACAAGUGGAACACAGUAUUUGGUUGGCAAACACAUUGCCCACUUACUGCAUAGAGACCCCAAUGGAGAACAAGGCUGCCAAUAGAAGGUGUAGCCCAGAUUAAAGGUUUGAUCUUCCCAUCUCAAAUGAUCCAGAUUAAAGACUGUUUGAACUCCAGAAGGACCAACACCAGAUAAAUUAUGAAUGUUGAACAAGAUGACCUUACAUCCACAGCAGAUAAUGAUAGGUCCUAGGUUUAACAGGGCCCUAUUUGACCCCCUGCUUGUGGUGCUGUUGGCUCUUCAGCUUCUUGUGGUGGCUGGUCUGGUUCGGGCUCAAACCUGCCCUUCGGUGUGCUCUUGUAGCAACCAGUUCAGCAAGGUGAUUUGUGUUCGGAAAAACCUUCGUGAGGUUCCUGAUGGCAUCUCCACCAACACAAGGCUGCUGAACCUCCAUGAGAACCAAAUCCAGAUCAUCAAAGUGAACAGUUUCAAGCACUUGAGGCACCUGGAAAUCCUCCAGUUGAGCAGGAACCAUAUUCGAACCAUUGAAAUCGGGGCCUUCAAUGGUCUGGCAAACCUCAACACUCUGGAACUCUUUGACAAUCGUCUUACUACCAUCCCGAAUGGAGCUUUUGUAUAUUUGUCUAAACUGAAGGAGCUCUGGUUGCGGAACAACCCCAUCGAGAGCAUCCCUUCCUAUGCUUUUAACAGAAUCCCUUCUUUGCGCCGCUUAGACUUAGGGGAACUGAAAAGGCUUUCAUACAUCUCAGAAGGUGCCUUUGAAGGUCUGUCCAACUUGAGGUAUUUGAACCUUGCCAUGUGCAACCUCCGGGAAAUCCCUAACCUCACGCCGCUCAUCAAAUUGGACGAGCUAGAUCUUUCUGGGAACCAUUUGUCUGCAAUCAGGCCUGGCUCUUUUCAGGGAUUGAUGCACCUUCAAAAACUGUGGAUGAUACAGUCUCAGAUUCAAGUGAUUGAAAGGAAUGCCUUUGAUAACCUUCAGUCACUAGUGGAGAUCAACCUGGCACACAACAAUCUGACAUUACUGCCUCAUGACCUCUUCACACCCUUGCAUCAUCUAGAGAGGAUACACCUGCAUCACAACCCAUGGAACUGCAACUGUGACAUCCUGUGGCUCAGCUGGUGGAUAAGAGACAUGGCCCCCUCCAACACAGCUUGCUGUGCCAGAUGUAACACCCCUGCCAGUCUGAAAGGGAGGUACAUCGGAGAGCUGGACCAGAAUUAUUUUACAUGUUAUGCUCCUGUAAUUGUGGAGCCCCCUGCAGACCUCAAUGUCACUGAAGGCAUGGCUGCUGAGCUGAAAUGUCGAGCAUCUACGUCCCUGACUUCCGUAUCUUGGAUUACUCCAAAUGGAACAGUCAUGACUCAUGGGGCAUACAAAGUGCGGAUAGCUGUGCUUAGCGAUGGCACGUUAAAUUUCACAAAUGUAACUGUGCAAGACACAGGCAUGUACACAUGUAUGGUGAGUAAUUCUGUUGGCAACACUACUGCUUCUGCCACCUUGAAUGUUACUGCGGCAACCACUACUCCUUUCUCGUACUUUUCAACUGUAACAGUAGAGACUAUGGAACCUUCUCAGGAUGAGGCACGGACCACAGAUACCAAUGUGGGCCCCACUCCUGUGAUUGAUUGGGAGACCACCAAUGUAACCACAAUUCUGAUGCCACAGAGCACAAGGUCGACAGAGAAAACAUUCACCAUCCCAGUAACUGACAUCAACAGUGGAAUCCCAGGAAUUGAUGAGGUCAUGAAAACAACAAAAAUCAUUAUUGGAUGUUUUGUGGCCAUCACGCUAAUGGCUGCCGUGAUGCUGGUCAUUUUCUAUAAGAUGAGGAAACAGCACCAUCGGCAAAAUCACCAUGCUCCAACAAGGACUGUUGAAAUCAUUAAUGUGGAUGAUGAGAUCACUGGGGACACGCCCAUGGAAAGCCACCUGCCCAUGCCUGCAAUUGAGCAUGAGCACCUAAACCACUAUAACUCUUACAAAUCCCCCUUCAACCACACAACAACAGUAAACACAAUAAAUUCAAUACACAGUUCAGUGCAUGAACCGUUAUUGAUCCGAAUGAACUCUAAAGACAAUGUACAAGAGACUCAGAUAUAAAACAUUUACAGUUACAGAAAACAAACAAUCCAAAAAGACAGUUUAUUAAAAAAAAAUGACACAAAUGACUGGGCUAAAUCUUCUGUUUCAAAAAAGUGUCUUUACAAAAAACAAAAAAAAACAAAAAAGAAAAGAAAUUUAUUUAUUAAAAAUUCUAUUGUGAUCUAAAGCAGACAAAAUUAUGUGUAUUCCUCAGAACCUGUUUUUGCUGCACUUACUAUUUUCCCACACCUCCUCUCUCCCUCCCCUGAUUGCCAUAUUUUUCAUAGAUCUCAAUUCCCCAAAGAACUGGUCUAGGAAAUUUUGUAAGAAUUCUGUUACACUUUGAGAUUUCUAUGGUGAAUUCUAGUGGUGAGAUCCAGUCUAUUUUGUCUCUUUCCCUCUCUAGUUUUUUCAUUAUUUUCUUUUUCCUUCAUGCCCUUAGGAAGCAGUCCAAUGGGGAAUGCAAUAUUAGUAAUAGAUUUUUAAGAAAGAAUGAGGAAAAUGCAAGAUCUUAUAUUUUUCAUGUAAUGACCUGUUAUGUAUUCAUGAGGAGGAUAUUCUGUGGAGAAAGAAACUAAAGUAAGCAAACAACAGAUUAAUUUACAUAUGAGCAUCUAUAAAACCCAUGACUUUUAAAAAGAAACUCUAGAACCAGAAUUUGUAGUUCAAAAGCUUAAAAUAAGAUUAUAAAUAAAAUAUUGUUGGUUUUUCUGUACCUGGACAUAGAUCAUUUAUAAUCUGACUUAUAUGUGAGAAACCCAAAGGAUUAGAUUCCUUAUUUUCUAACAAAGAUAAUACUACAGAACUCUUUAGUUAUAACAUCAUUUCCUACAUGCCUCUAUUGUUUUAUUUGAUUUAAGUUGCACAUGAGUAAUCAAAGAUACGAUGAUAGUCUUGCCUUCUCAAUAUGCUGUCUUUUGUAAAGUUUUCAGAUGAAAAAUAACAAUUUAAUAAUUCAUGAAGGGAGAAAAUACCACUAUGAUAUAUUUGCUUCAUUCUAAAGUAAAUUACAUACACAAGAUGAAAUAUCACCACAAAAGUGGGGUAAUCGUAAAUUCUUCACAGUUUAAAAAGAAUUUUGCAUUCUGAGUGUCACCAAAUUUAGAAAAAGAUCAAUGGAAAUCGUCAAAGAGGUAAAAUGGGCUAAAUGGUCACUUGGGUGCACAGAAAAUAAAGCCUGGUUCUUUAUUCCCUGGAAAUUGCAUCAUUUCCAACGAUAGUUCUCAGUGUACUACUAAGCACUAGCACUGCUUUGGUUUUAGGCAGAUGACAGUGUUCUAGGAACUCAAAAUUUCAAAAUAUCAACUUACUGUUACUAUAGAAACAUCCUAGACUCGUGGUUUCUCACAUAUUUAUUGUGGAGAUGAUUUUAUCCUUUCGCCUCCAGAUUCCAAGACCUAGAGAACACAUCAAGAUGGAAUAUCUUGUAAUCAUGGGCACAUAUGAAGAGGAAACAAGGCUGGUACAAUGGUACUUUACUAAGGCUUCCUUUAAAUGAGGUGUGGAAACUUUAGCUAAGAGGACAUACCUAGCAUCCAAAAAGAAAAAGAGAAACCCACUGGUUGUGAAUAUUAGCAGCCUUCCAUUUUUAAAUAUACUGUGUGUAUGGCCUUCAUAUUUUUGUCUGUGGUGCAAUAUAUACACAGGCAGAUAGACAGAGAGAUACACAUGUGAGCACAUGUACACA